CCUCUUUGUUUCUGCAACUUCCAUACAUUCCAUUUUUUACACACCUUUAUAAUGCGCUUUUCUUUGGCAAAAAAGCCUCCCUCUGACAUAGUGUCAGCGCAUAGCUCUUCCACCUACACAGACACGAUUAGCUCCAAUACAGGUACGUUCUAUCUGACGGAGGAGUUUGACAGCCCAGACAGAAAAUACAGGUACUAUGUAGAAAGCAUAUAUGAACAAAAGCGCUCGCUUUUCGGCCGGCUCAAGCUUUUCAAAAGGUGAAUUUUGCGCAGCCCGUGCGGCUGUGUCGAUAUUCACCCCAUCCCCACAACAAAAGGCGUUUGUUACGGUUGAGCUCUAGCAAGCUCUACCUACUAUAACCGGGGGUUUGACUUCAUGAUGGGAGAAAUACGGUGUAAACGACCUUAGCUAGAUUCUUUCGAACCGGCUGUGUAAAAUAAGCAUAAUUGUAAAAUAAACUAUUUAAAAG